UUUUUUUCACCAUACAAAUGGUGAACACACGACAAUAUAAUAAAUGUCAAUAAUGUUUUAAUGUCAAUAUCCGUAUAAUUAUUAUGUAGACGAAGACGACGAUACAAAAACACCAAAAAAUAAUAAUAAUAUGAAACACUAAGCACACAGAUAAUUAGAAAUAAUUGGACGACAUCUGAAGAGCAACGUCAGUGGUAUGGCGGAAGAAGAGCAUUUGUCGUAUCCACUGCACGAAUGCGUGUUCGAGGGUGACGUACAAAAGUUCGCACGGUUGAUGAGGACAGAGGAUUUGUCGAGAAAAGACAAACACGGUAACACGGCACUGCAUCUAGCCAUCAUGCUUGGUCGUAAAGAUAUAGUACAAUUGUUGCUCGCUCACAAUGCACCAGUGAAAGUAAAAAACAUAAAUGGAUGGACCCCUUUGUCUGAAGCAAUUAGUUAUGGAGACCGUCUUACUAUUAUAUCAUUAUUAAAAAAAAUGAAACACCAAGCAAGGGAACAGAUUGAAGAAAGACGACCUAAUUUAGUAUCUGCAUUGAAACAAGUUGGAGAUUUUUAUAUGCAAAUAAAAUGGGACUUUCAGAGUUGGGUGCCAUUAGUUUCACGAGUUCUACCCUCAGAUCUUUGCCAAAUUCAUAAAAAAGGUACAUCGUUUAGAUUAGAUACAACGCUAGUAGACUUUGCAAUGAAUGAUAUGAAAUGGGAACGUGGAGAAAUCACAUUUCUGUUUGAUGGUGAUGCUAAACCACCACAUUCUCUUAUUGUCAUGGAUAAUAAAGCUGGCGUCUACCAAAGAGUUAGAUAUUUAGAAACUGAAUCAGAGAUUGAAGAUGAAGUUGAUUUAAUGAUGAGUACUGAUAUAGUUACUGCACAGAUGUCUACAAAAUCAAUAACAUUUUCUCGAGCCCAAUCGGGAUGGAUAUUUCGACAAGAUAAAAAAGAAACCAUCGGAGAUUUUAAUGCUGAUUUUUAUCAUAUCAAUGGAUUAACAUUAGAACAGAAAAAACGAAGAGAACACUUAUCUGAAGAAGAUCUACAAAAAAAUAAAGCAAUCAUUGAGAGUUUAACUAAAGGAGGAUGUGCUAUUAAUAUUGAUUGCAAUGGGGAACCUGUACGACGAGAAUCACUUUUUCCUCCAAUGCCUGCAAUAUGCACUUGGAAAGAGUAUUCUACAUCUCCGGCAGGACAACAUCCACCCUUAGCGAGAGAAAUGGUUUUUAAAAACACAACUAGAGGAUUUAAAGCAACAGUUGCUAUGAGUAUGGAUUUUCCUCUAUCAGUUGCUAUGCUAAUGGAUGUACUUGAAGUUACUGCUCCAUUUAAACAUUUUGCUAAACUACGUGACUUUGUGAAUUUAAAAUUACCACCAGGGUUUCCAGUCAAAUUAGAUAUUCCAAUACUGCCAACAGUGUCUGCUAAGAUCACAUUCCAGGCUUUUGAGUUUCGCGAUGACAUAGAUUCUGAUCUUUUUGAAGUACCAGCAAAUUAUGUUGAAGAUCCAUCUAGGUUUCCAGAUUUAUGACGAUUUUUGAGUUCCACAACGUUAUCAUAAAUUUAGAACUAUUUGAAGGUGCCAUCAAAUCAUAUUAUAGUUUCCUCCUAGGUUUACAGAAUUACUAAGGCCUGGUGACAAUUCAUUGAACAACUUAAUACACAUAAUUUAAUCAAUAUAUCAAUAUCAAUAUAUUGUUGUGAUACGCAGAUGGCACAACUGUAUUCAUUGCUUUAUGUAACUCUUGCCUACAAAAUUUCUUAAGAAAAAAUACUUGGAAAUUAGUGAUUAUUAUUAUUAUUUAUUUAUUUAUUUUUAAUUCUCGAAAUUUCUUUGUAAAACAUUAUUUAAUUUUACUUAUUUAAUU